CUUUGUUUACAGUCCCUAGUGUGGUGAUUUGCAUCCCCCUCUCUGGGUUGCUGUUGGCCGAGGCGGGCAGCUGUCUCAGUCGGAUUCUGGCUGGGAAAGAGGAGAUUCUUGUCCUGUCAUUUUAUUGACAGACGUGCUAUUACAGGCUCUUUUCGCAGAAGUUGACCGAAGAAGCUCAAGCGCUGCUGAUUCUUCCCUCCCAAGUUCGGUGGCUCCCCUGAUAAUGGAUUGCUUUUCUCGGAGCUUCCACCCUGGAGAGAACCCCCAGGUCUAGUCUGUGAACCCAGCUAGGAAACAUCACUAGUAAAAAUGACUGAAGAGCCCAUAAAGGAGAUCCUGGGAACCCCAACAUCUUCCAAGCCUGUGACAAUGGAGAAGAGCCCCAACACCGAAGUGGUGGUCACCACAGUCCCCUUGGUCAGUGAGAUUCAGUUGACAGCUGCUACAGGGGGUGCUGAGCUCUCCUGUUACCGCUGCAUCAUCCCCUUCGCUGUGGUGGUCCUCAUCGCUGGAAUAGUGGUCACUGCUGUGGCUUACAGCUUCAAUUCCCAUGGCUCCAUCAUCUCCAUCUUGGGUCUAGUCCUCCUGUCAUCUGGACUUUUUUUGUUAGCUUCCAGUGCCCUGUGCUGGAAGGUGAGGCAGAGGAGCAAGAAAGCCAAGAGACGGGAGAGUCAGACGGCUCUUGUGGCAAAUCAGAGAAGCUUGUUUGCUUAGGACUGAAUCCCCAAUGGGAUAUGUGGCCUGAAAACUUUCUCUCAGUGUGUCAUCCAAUUCACCCAGAACUAGAGUGGGAGAGAAUGAACGGUGCAGUGGGAGAGAAUGAAUGGUGCAUUGGGAGAGAACGAAUGGUGCAUUGCAGGAGACCAGAGGGAUGGGGGUGAAUUGAGUGUGGGAGGGUAGAGGGGGUUCUGUUUUACGAAGAACCUACUUGUGUCUUCUUUAAUGACAAACUUAACUCUAAGGGCUAUUUCUGAGACUGAAAAAUCAGCUUUUUCUCUAUAUUAGACAUUUGAGGGGUCAUGGGAGGUGCACAGCAUUAGACAAUGUUCAGUUCACCUUGGAAAGUAGCCAAGGAAAGAUGAGAAAAUAAAUAGUCAGAUAGUUCUGGCACACCAGCGACCUGCCUCAAAAAAAAAGAAAGAAAGAAAGAAAGAAAAAGAAAAACCCACACUUUAAAGAAGUUGUAUCAUAAAAAAAUAUUCUGCCAAGAGUCUAAAUCACCUCGGACUUUGCAUCCUUCUAUGAAAUUCUGUGAUAAUUUUUUUAAUAAGCUGAUUCUCUGGCAUCUAUUUUUUUUUUUUUUUGCUUUCAAUAACUCAU